GAGAGGACAAGAGGACAACCGAGAGGACAAGAGGACAACCGGGAGGACGGACAGGAGGACAACCGAGAGGACAGGAGGGUGGACAGGAGGACAACCGAGAGGACAGGAGGGUGGACAGGAGGACAACCGGGAGGACAACAGCGGCUCGAGAUGGCCUCGGUCCGAGUGGCUGUCCGGGUCCGGCCCAUGGACCGGCGGGAAAAAGACCUGGCGGCAAAAAGCAUCAUCGCGAUGGAGGGAACCAAGACGUCCGUCACCAACCUGAAGGUUCCUGACGGCGUCACAGGAGACUCCACGAGGGACCGAACCAAAACCUUCACGUACGACUUCUCCUACGACUCCAGCGACUGUAAGAGCUCCACUUUCGUCUCUCAGGAGAAGGUCUUCAGAGAUCUUGGCGGUGACGUGCUGAAAGCUGCGUUCGAGGGCUACAAUGCCUGCGUGUUCGCCUAUGGUCAGACGGGCUCGGGGAAGUCCUACAGCAUGAUGGGAAAUCCAGGCGACGCAGGUCUGAUCCCAAGGAUCUGUGAGCGUCUGUUCAGUCGCAUCUUGGAGGCGACUCGGUGGGAUGAGGCGUCUUUCCGCACUGAAGUCAGUUACCUGGAGAUCUACAACGAGCGGGUGAGAGACCUGCUGAGGAGGAAGUCCACUCAGACCUACAACCUGAGGGUUCGCGAACAUCCGAAGGACGGACCGUACGUGGAAGAUCUCUCCAAACACCUGGUGCAGAACUAUGGCGACGUGGAGGAGCUGAUGGAGGCCGGAAACAUCAACCGCACCACGGCCAGCACCGGCAUGAACGAUGUCAGCAGCCGCUCGCACGCCAUCUUCACCAUCAACUUCACACAGGCCAAGUUCGACGCAGAGAUGCCGAGCGAGACGGUCAGUAAGAUCCACCUGGUGGACCUGGCCGGGAGCGAGCGAGCAGACGCCACCGGAGCCACCGGCGUCCGACUGAAGGAAGGAGGCAACAUCAACAAGUCACUGGUCACCCUGGGCAAUGUCAUCUCCUCUCUAGCGGACAUGGCGCAGGACGGUGUGAACACCAACCUGAAGAAGAAGUCGGUGUUUGUCCCGUACAGGGACUCGGUGCUGACGUGGCUGCUCAAAGACAGUCUGGGGGGCAACGCCAAGACCAUCAUGAUCGCCACCAUUUCCCCGGCGGAUGUGAACUACGGCGAGACGCUGAGCACGCUGCGCUACGCCAACCGGGCCAAGAACAUCAUCAACAAGCCGACUAUCAACGAGGACGCCAACGUCAGGCUGAUCAGGGAACUGCGGGCUGAGAUCGCCCGACUGAAGGCUCUGCUGGUUCAGGGCAACCAGAUCGCUCUCCUGGAUUCGCCCACCGCUCUGAGCAUGGAGGAGAAACUGCACCAGAACGAAGCCCGGGUUCGGGAGCUGACGAGGGAGUGGACCAACAAAUGGAAUGAGACCCAGAACAUCCUGAAGGAGGAGACUCUGGCUCUGAGGAAAGAGGGCAUCGGCGUGGUGCUGGACUCGGAGCUGCCUCACCUCAUCGGCAUCGACGACGACCUCCUGAGCACCGGCAUCAUCCUGUACCACCUGAAGGAGGGACGGACGUACGUGGGCAGAGAGGACACGUCCACGGAGCAGGACAUCAUCCUUCACGGUCUCGACCUGGAGAGUGAACACUGCCUGUUCGAGAACCGGAACGGAACAGUGACUCUGGUGCCGCUGGGCGGAGCUCAGUGCUCCGUCAACGGGGUUCAGGUGACGGAGGCGUCGCCGCUCAACCAAGGCGCCGUGAUUCUGCUCGGCAGGACGAACAUGUUUCGGUUCAAUCAUCCGAAGGAGGCGGCGAAGCUUCGGGAGAAACGAAAGAGUGGCCUGCUCUCGACCUUCAGUCUGUCCAUGUCCAUGACGGAUCUGUCCAAGUCCUGUGAAAACCUAUCGACUGUGAUGCUCUACAACCCCGGGCUCUUCACUGAGAAGGGCCCCGUCUUCCUCAGGUUGGAGUUUGAGCGACAGCAGCGAGAGGAGCUGGAGAAACUGGAGCUCAAACGGAGGCUGAUCCAGGAGAUGGAGGCAAAGCAGCAGACUGAGAAGGCGGAGCUUGAGCGCCUCCAACAGGAGGUGGAGAGUCAGCGCAAAGAGUCCGAGGAGGUGCAGCAGCGGAUCCUCCGUCAGGAGGAAAGCCUCCGCCGCCGCAGCCAGGACAUCGAGAGUCGUCUGCAUGACUUCCUGGUAGAGAAGGAGCGCUUUGAGGAGGAGAGACGCUCGGACGUCCCGGGGGAGGAGCCUCAGCGGCGGCCGAGCCAGCCGCUGGAGGUGGAGCAGGAUGAAGAGCAGCGGUGGCAGCAGGAGGCUGCGGAGCAGACUGAGAUAUACCGCGAGCUGGAGAGACUGAAGAGGCAGCGCGAGGAGCAGAAGGUUCGUCUGGAGGCCGAGCGCCAGCGUCUGGAGGAGCAGGAGCGGGAGCAGCUGAGUCUGGUGGGGAGGCUGGAGGAGCAGCUGAGGGAGAAACACGAGGCGGCCGCCGCGCUGCUGACACGGGAAGACGCUUGCCGGCUGGAGGAGGAGCGCCGGGCGCUGGCCGAGAUCAGAGGAGCGCUCCUCCGAGCCAAAGAGGCCGGAGAGCGGCCGGAUGUGGAGGACGCCGGCGAGGAGGCCAGGUCCGCUCAGGCUCGGUAUGCGGACUUCAAGGCGGCGCAGGUGGAGGAGCUGGGUCGGCUGGAGAAGGAGCUCCGGCAGCAGAGGGAGCGUCUGGAGGAGGAGGUCUCUGCUGAGCAAAACGCAGCGCUGCUCCUCGCCCAUGGCCUCAAAGAGAGACAGCAGCAGCUGAAGGAGACGCAGGACAAGGGGUCGCAGGACGCCACCGCCGUCCUCCAGGAGGAGCAGCUGGUCAAACAGGCAGAGAACAGGCUGCAGUUCAAGGAGCGGCAGCUGGCCAGCCUGGCCCACGGCCUCCUCCCGACGCUGGCCGAGGAGAAGCAGAGAGCCGUGGAGGUGGUGGAGCGCGGCGGCGGCGGCGGCGGCAGCAGCAAUGGGAACUGCGACAGCCCACCGGGUCUGGACAACACACUGUACCAGGUGGAGAAGGAGCUGGAGGACAAGGAGGAGAAACUCAACCUCCACCGGAACAGCGCCCAGCAGCUGCAGCAGCUCCAGGAGACGUACGAGUUCACGGCCAACGUGGCCCGGCAGGAGGAGAAGGUGAGGAGGAAGGAGAAGGAGAUCCUGGAGUCCAAGGAGAAGCAGCAGAGGGAGGCGAUGGAGCAGGCGGUGGCCCGGCUGGAAAGGAGGCACUCGGCCCUGAGGCGCAGCGUCUCCCUGGAGCCCGACACUGAGGAGCUGAGGCGCCUGAGGGGGGCGGAGCUAGAGCAGCAGAGGGUGGAGCAGGAGAUCCAGACGCUGAGGCAGAGGAUCAGCGAAGGGGAAGAAAACAGCAGUUCUCUGGUCGGACACGUCCAGAGUCUAAACACGCUGCUGCCGCUGUCCGACGACAGGAUCAACACGUACAUCGAGGAGGAAGUGCAGCGGAGGCUCCGCAAGAUCAACCUCCUGAACGGCGCUGACGUGGAUCUGUCCGAGUCCUGUGAAUCUCUCCGGGACGAUGAGAAGCUGCAGAACAUGAAUCCUCGGAGGCUGAAGUAUGAGAGCGCCGGCAGGUUGGGGUCUAGCUUCCUGCCUGCAAUGGAGCUCCAGGAAAACUCUCGUCAUACGGUCGAGCAAAGCUCAUCAGAAGACCCUGAAGACGUCCUGUUGACGCAGCACAGAGAAGAAAAACUAGUGUCCACCGCUAAAGUCUUGUUUAAAAGAGAAGUGCCUUACGAAGACGCUGGGCGGCGAGGACGAGUGAACACGCCUCCAGAAGUCGGACGAGCUAUUUGUGAACUUGAUCGUUCAGCAAACAAGAAAAUCGCUGAUCCACGAAGAAACUCCUCCUCCUGCUGCGUUUCUGAUGAUGUGAAGAAUUUUGAAGUCAGAGUGAAGGAGUUGCUUGUGAACGGACGCUCAGAAGAAAACUUCAAACACCAAACGUGUGACCGAGGGACGAGCGAAGGGGAAGAAUCACAGAACUCCGUCAAUGGUUUUAUCACUUCUGAGGAAAAGUCAAAGGAAUGUGGUCAAAUGAAGCGUGAGACAAACAGGAGCUUCGUGUUCGGAUCGUUUGUUGGAAAACUGUCUGACAUGUACAAAGACGCAGGUAGAAGGCUGCAGGACACACGGGACAAAAUCCCAAAAGUUGGAGUCGGUGAAAUGAUGGUUGUACUCUCUCAGUAUGUGACCAUGGUGUCCAAGGAACUGCCACUGAUCCAUCGAAUGCAGCUCAGACCACAGCCAGAAUCCUUCCAGCCGGUUGGUCCGUCGAGGGAUCGCGCCCUCAGUCUACCUCAGAACACCGGCAGGUCCGUGAUCAUGGGCGUCUCCGAGUGGCCCGAAGGAUCCGUGUCCUCUGUUAAAAACAAAAGUCCUGAAGUGUUCCAUCAGAGGCUGGUUGAGCUGCCGCCCGUCUUGUCCCAGCUACAAACCUGUUCGUCCCGAGAGAUGCUGGAAAUGUUGGAAUCUCUGUCUCCUCGAUUGCAAGUGAUCAAACCACUGAGUGUUUUCUGGGUCAGAACGUCCAACAAGGACGAACCCGUUCCCAAACCCGGGUGCUUGCUUCUGUCGGAGAAGGACAUAACAGUUGUCUCGGCUGGCGCGGAUCCUGACGACUCUUUGGCUCUUAUCCACCAUUUUUAUCUCCUUGACAUCAAGAAGGUCCAGAUCAGUCUGGCCGGGCAGCACGUCCGCCUGAUCGGCUGCUCCGAAGAUGACGUCUUGGCCGUCUUCACCCACAGCCAAGAGCUUACCCAGGAGUUCUGUACGUCUUUAUUGAAGGCUGUUGCUCCUCAGAAGUUCUCUGAAGGGACUAAGAGUCACCCGUUACUCUCUGAUGACCUCAUGGUCCUCUCGCUGGACUGGACGUCAAAUGUUCCUGACAUCAUCCUGGACAGUGGCCUUCACAUCACCUGCAGAUUCAAGCGAGUCCUCGCAGACUUGCUCUACAUUGUCCACGGGAACAUGGACGACGGCCCUGGAAAACCUUCCCUGGCUGAUAUUUGUCCUCUGCUCUACACGAGCGUCAAGGUCCUGAACUCCACCCGAGGCCAUCAGGACGCCAUCUUUCAGUUCCUCCUGACGGACACUCACGCAGCUCUUCUCCAGGAGGACGGGGUCUUUCACCCGGUGCCGCGGGGCUCCACUCUGGUCCCCCUCCAACCCCAAUUCCGGGGACUCGAACUCCGCAAGCGAUCAGACAUCGGACGUCUGGUCGUGAGACAGAACGACAGCUGCCUGGUGGUAGACAUCGUGUUCUCAACUCACAAACCGCACAGUCAAGCACCGACGGUGGAGUCGGGGCCCGCCUCCUCUGAUCGGUGCCACUCCUGGAAGUUAUCCUUGGGUUGCCCCUCCGAGGCUGUGAUGUUGAUCAAUCACCUGAGUUCCUGAGUCUCACCUGCCUCAGACCUCUGUCACUUCAGGAUGUGUUGAACAAGGCGUCUGUUUUACAUCUGACGGGACAAAGAGUUCCAGAUGUCUGAUGUACCUGAAAGUGAUUUUUAAACAUUUUAAGACCUUUUCAAACUUUUCUCUUAUGUAAUUGAGAUUGGCGAUGACGAGUGUUAACCUUCUGUAAUAUCUCUAGUUUACGUUGAGUCGCAACCAACGGACAGAACACUGAAUGACAAUGAAGUUUCUUUGUCUUUGUUGGUUUUGGUUGUUUACUAUUUUUAGUCGUGUUGAAGAUUCAUCAUAUCAUUUCAUCACUGAGUUGUUUGUGAUGUGUCAGAACGAUUGUGAUGAAAAAAAUGACUCGUGGAUGAAUAAAUAUUUCAAAUGAAAUGUGAUCAAUGUUGAAUCGUUUCAUUUCAACUGAUGUUAAUUAAAAUUGAACUUUGAUUCUU